AUGACCAGAAGGAUGGUACCGUCCCCAGCCACUCCUCAGCCGACAAUAGAUCUGUUGAAAGGCUGGCCGGCCACCUCACUCCUGCCUCCGACCUUACUUCAGGAUGCCGCCGUUCAUACGCUCUCGCAGAAGGAUGAUUCCGUUAUUACUGAGAUACUCGAGUACGGGAACGAUGAGGGCUACCGGCCCCUCAGGGAAGCUAUUGCAUCCUGGCUGACUCAGUUCUAUCAACCCAAGGACUCCAUCUCACAUGAGCGGGUGUGCAUUACCGGGGGCGCCUCACAGAAUUUAGCCAAUGUUCUGGCCUCCUUUACUGACCCGGUGUAUACGCUGCACGUGUGGCAGGUUGCUCCCACUUAUUAUCUGGCAUGCAGGAUCUUUACCGAUGCAGGAUUCGAUGGCCGCCUGAAAGCCGUUCCGGAGGAUGAUGAGGGCAUAGACCUUGAAUUCCUGGAGCACGGACUGCGCACCAGUGAACAGAGGGCUGUUGCGGAGGGAAAUGUUGCUCCCAAAAUCAAACAACCAAAGCCAUGGCGGAAAAUCUAUCGUCAUAUCAUCUACUGCGUCCCUACAUUCUCCAACCCGAGCGGCCGUGUUAUGAGUCUGGCCAGGCGCCAGGCCUUGGUGAGACUGGCCCGCAAAUAUGACGCUUUGAUAGUCAGCGACGAUGUCUAUGAUAUGUUGCUUUGGAAUUCCAGCCCAGAUGCUCCUUUCCAGGUAAUGGACAAGGCUUACCUGCCCCGCGUUGUGGAUGUUGAUAAGUACCUGGAUGGCGGUCCAAUUGACGAAUUUGGGCAUGCCUUGUCGAAUGGGAGCUUCUCCAAAAUCAUCGCCCCUGGGGUGCGGACAGGUUGGGCUGAAGGCACACCUCGACUCGCAUAUGGCUUGUCGCAGAAUGGCAGUUCACGAUCGGGUGGUGCACCCUCGCAACUAGUCGCAAGUUUUGUUCACAACAUGCUCACAACUGGAGUGCUGCAGAACCACAUAUUCCAGUUUUUGCAAGUCGAGUACUCGCAACGAUACCACCGGAUGAUUUCCGCAGUCGAGCAACACCUCUUACCACUGGGACUGACUAUGCCUCAAGCAAACAGAGACGUCGCAGGCGGGUACUUCGUCUGGUUGAGGCUGCCAGGCGGGCUCGUUGCGGAUGUGAUAUCCAAGAGAGCGCUCGCCGAGGGGUUAAUUAUCAUCACGGGGCCGAGCUUUCGAGUCGAGGGAGAUGAGGCGACUCCCGAAACACGCUUCGACCGAGACAUCCGGCUCUGCUUUGCGUGGGAAAGUAAGGACCUCCUGGAAGAGGGCGUCGUGAUUCUGGCGCGUGUCAUCCGAUCCAGUCUUCAAGGGAUCUGA